UUUUCUUGUGUAAUGUCAAAUCCCCAAUUUGUUGACAAUGACGUUAGUUUGUGUACAUAUUUUGGAGCCUGGAUAUAGUUCGGAGUAGAUUUCGAUUAAUAUUUUUCAUAUCAGUUUUUUUAAAUUAAGAACCCCAGAAAUGGACGUCGAAGCUAAAAUUAAGGAGGAUAUGAGGGCACUUGGCUGUACCAACGAAGAGAAGAUAUCUCUUGCUUAUCAUUUGUAUAUUUAUUUGGUUGAUGAACGUCUCAUGUACGAUACUGAAUAUUGUUACAAUAAAGAUAUAGAUACUUUGUACAUCGUGGCCAGACCAAAUAAAUUACAUAAAAUAAACAUAUACGUACCCGUUCCUUGUUCAUUCGACUUGAGUUUUUCCUAUAUAGGAAUGUUACAAGAAAACCUAUGCACUGUAGAGACUGGCCCGGCAGUGAACUUAGCAUUUAUUGAAGAAGAUUUUACGGUGAAUAUUUACACAAUAACAAAACGACUAGAAUCUCGCCAGAGCGAAGAAAAUACAGCACAGUUGAGGAUGAAAGAAGACAAGCGGACAUUUAUCAACAGUGAACUCAAAAAGAAUAGGGAUAAUAUAUUAAGGGAUGCUUUAGAUGGAGGCGUAGUUGAUGAUGAUGACUGUCAAAUAAUAGACUGAAUGUGAAUGCAUAAUAUAACAAGGCUAGACCUAAAUUUUUAAAAUCACUUAAUUGUAAUAUUCUCACCCUGUAUAUUUAUUUCAUGAGUUUAUCUACAUGUACUCUGUACAAGUGAGACAGCUUAGUUGAUUCAUCAUCAGUGUGUUUUGGGAGUUUUAUUUAACUGUAUUUACACUAACAUUAUUAUGACAAUACUUUUGUUUUUUUUUUUGUUUAUAGCAUUUUCACACAAAAACCACUGGACCGAUUACAAAAACUCCAUCACACCAUUAGAAAGCUCCAACUUCACAGUGUGAUAUAGGCUAUACAUGAACCACAGCCGAAUAGCUACUUAUUAAUAGGAAUAAUGUUUACUUGUAUUGUUAAUGCCUUGUCUGAAAGGUAGAGAGUCUCAGUUGGAAACAUAUUUUAGUUACAACUAAGUUUGUUACUGCAUUUUCAAUCUUCACUGAACAUAGUGAGAACACAGAGGUUCCACACUUGAGAUAUUUCUUGAUAAAUGUAUCGUUACUAAUAUUAUAAAGCUGAAGAUUUGUUUGCUUGUUUGUUUGUAUGCAUUAAUCUCAGAAACUACUGGUCCGAUUUGAAAAAUUCAGUGUUAGAUAGCCUAUUUAUUGAGGAAGGCUAUAGGCUAUAUAAUUUUUUAAAUUGGUCUGGUGGUUUCUGUGUGAAAAAGUUACACCAUACAAUAAUACAAAAGUUUUCUCUUUCCUUAAAGUCCAUGUGAGUUUGUUUGCACACUUAAAUCAGGACCUAUUGGAUUGAUUUUAAAAAUUAUUUGUUGAUUCACCAUGGACAUGCAGGUACCAUGGGUGAGGCUGGACCACUAAUAUUAGUGUAUAUUCUUCUCAUUACUUUUCAUAAGUAACUUGAAAAAUUAUGCUGCAUGUAAUGUAGUGGCUUUCAAAUUAAUCAGUUUGUCUCUGUUAUUAUCUAAAGUUAUUACUUGAAAAUACAAGUUUUUAAUAAUACUUAAAUUAAUGCUCUCGUGUUGUCCCUAUUAGUUAUAUAGCAUAUGUAUAAAAUAAGUUAUAUCAUCUUCUAUACUAAGUCAUAAACCACAUAUACCCCAGCCGAGCAGGGGCUAUAGUUAAGUUAUUUAAAUAAUUAAUUCAUAAUGCUUUGUAAAUAUUUUCAUAUGACAAAAUUUUUUAUAACUCUUAUUGUAAUGAUGGAACCUUCUCGUUUAAGACUUGUUUUCAAACUAAAAAACAAUUAGUUAGCAAUUGUGGUGAUUUUUAUAUUGUUUAAAUGU